CACGAAUGCAUCACUUGCAAGCUGUCGAUGAACGUGGCUGAGCAGCUGCGGGGGAAGAGGCUGUGGAGCAUUGCGCUCAGACAGUCUCCAGGCGGGAAGGUCAUCGCUGCUUGAGGAUGUCUCCAUAUCGUCUGGACGCUGAUGUGCGGAUGCUGUGCUGUUCGCCCCUGGUCGUCCCACCUUCUGCGGAGCUGUCGGCGCUCUUCCUGACAUCCGGAAUUCGUUGGAGAAGCGGCAGUCACGCAGGGCUCCCUGAUCAGUGCCGACCAGAAGCGGAGCUGAGGCUGUCGCUGGCUUAACGGGGCUAAGCACACUGUCACGCUGUCUAAGAAGCUACCCACCCACAGUCUGAGGUGACUCAGGGCUUCCACUGAAGAGGAGGGGGCCAUUCCUGUAAGCAGUAGUCAGUCAGGAGUGACGGUGAGAGGCCAGUUGAUCCUGACAGGCAGGUUGGACUCCAUUAUGCAGUUGGGGUGUUAAGGAUGGAGGACUCUAGUUUGUGUCUUGGUGUGUCGUCAGCAGUGCCUGAUGUUGAUUCCCAUCUGAGCAGUGCAGUCUUGAAUGGCCGCUACCCCAUAAGUCAAAAGCUUCACCAGCUUACUGCCCAGCUAGGACACGCCUUUCCUGAUCUACACCGCUCGCAACAGAUCCCUGAAGAGAAAGCAGCAACGCCUUUGGACGAGAAGACCCACCAAGCAGCCCUGGCUAGUCAACCUAUCAGCAGUCAGAUGGCCCUGCUAGCCAAUCAGCUCAACCGAGACAUUGACGCAGGGGCACUAAGUGGGCUGAACGGACGUGUUGACCUGCAGCAGUUUCUCAAUGGCCAGAACUUGGGCAUCAUGUCGCAGAUGAAUGAUAUCGAAGAUGAUGCCCGCAAGAAUAGGAAGUAUCCCUGUCCCUUGUGUGGCAAGCGCUUCCGUUUCAACAGCAUAUUGUCGCUGCAUAUGCGCACACACACAGGAGAGAAACCCUUCAAGUGCCCCUACUGUGACCACAGAGCAGCUCAAAAGGGGAACUUGAAAAUCCACCUCCGCACUCAUAAGCUGGGAAAUCUUGGUAAGGGCCGUGGUCGCGUCCGAGAGGAGAAUAGGCUUCUGCAUGAGCUGGAGGAGAGGGCCAUUCUAAGAGACAAGCAGAUGAGAGGAAGUGGCAGUCUCAUCCAGACCGCUCAAACACCUCAUCUUGGCCCAAAUAGCGGCUCUAACACCAAUCAGCAGCAACUAGGCUCAGCCUGUGGCCUGCUCCCCCCUUCGGGCCUUGCCACUCCAGAAACAAUUUCCCAGCCCUCUUCUUCACCCAAGCCAGCUGGCACCCAGGAUGACCAGUCCCUGAACCCGACUACAGGCUUCCGCUGUACCUUCUGCAAAGGGAAGUUUAAGAAGCGUGAGGAGCUAGACCGCCACAUUCGCAUACUCCACAAGCCGUACAAAUGCACUCUGUGUGAGUUUGCCGCCUCUCAGGAAGAGGACCUGAUAAGUCAUGUGGAAAAGGCCCACAUCACAGCUGAGACCACACAGGGCCAGGGUGCUGGUGGCACAGGUGGCACGCAACCGGCCACCGAAUUCCGCUGUGACGUAUGUGGACAGGUGUUCAGCCAGGCUUGGUUCCUCAAGGGUCACAUGCGCAAGCACAAGGACUCAUUUGAACACUGCUGCCAAAUCUGUGGCCGUCGCUUCAAGGAACCCUGGUUCCUCAAGAACCAUAUGAAGGUGCAUCUCAACAAGCUGGCCAUCAAGAACAAACCGCCCCAGCCAAGUGAGCAGGACAUGAGUGCUGUCAAUAGCAUGAGCAAUCUGGCACAGGAAGCUCAUGCCAACCUUUAUUCCCGCUACAUCUCCUGUCUUCAAGGAGGCUUCCUUUCACCAGACAAACAAGGUUUGAGUGAGCAGCACCAGAUGUUGGCUAAAGCUGGCAUAGCUAUGAAGGAAAAAGAGAUGUUAGGGAAGCUGCUAGGGCCAAUGGCGGGAGGUAUGGGCCAUGGACUGGGUGAAAAUGAGAAGCGCUCACUCCUGGGUUGCCUGAACCUUGUGCCACCACUCAAGUCGAGCUGCAUGGAGCGCCUCCAGGCAGCUGCGAAGGUUGCAGAGAUGGAUUCCCUCAGUAGCUACCAAGCCUGGCAGAUAAUGGCUCGUGGUAUGGCUAUGGACAGGGCUUUUAUGCCUAAGGAGCAACAGCAGCACCAUAUACCCCAAGGGCAGGAAGAUGAGAUGGGUGGUGCUGGGGUCUUGGCUUCAUUCUCAAAGGAUAAACAAGACUACUCCUUGAUUUCUUCCAAUGAUAGCUCCAAGCAGAAGCAACUCUCUGAGGCCUUGCAGGGAUCGAAGGCCUCUAGCGGCGCCAUGAUGUCCAUGAAGGAGGAUGGAAGAGGCUUCGACAGUCACCGUGACUUAAUGUCACACCAUGGUAGUGCUGAGGCUCCUGGAGCCCUUGCUGGCUUGGGAAGCCCAAACAUUGACUACAGCCUCUCUGGCCUAAAAGACAAGCCUUCAGAGUGCCCUGACUGUGGCCGAAUCUUCAGAACCUACCAUCAGAUGGUUGUCCACUCCCGCAUCCAUGGAAAAGACAGGAGAGGCGUUGAAGAAGUGCUCCAGCAACAAGGUGUGGACGAACGCCGUGGAUCAGCCAGUGACCCAGAGUCCCAGUCUAUUAGCCGCUCCACUACUCCUGGUUCAUCCAACGUGACCGAAGAGAGUGGAGCUGGAGGCGGACACUCCCAGACAGGAAGUGUCCAGGAUGACAGCCCACAUCCCUCUUCACCAUCUUCAGAUGUUGGGGAGGACUUGGGGAAGGCAGCGGGGAGCAUUCAGCCGCCGCUGCCCCAGCAUCGUGAGCGGGGCCUGGGCUCAUCCUCCAAGGAUUGCCCCUACUGUGGCAAGACCUUCCGGACCUCCCAUCAUCUCAAAGUCCACCUGCGGAUACACACAGGAGAGAAACCCUAUCGGUGCCCUCAUUGUGACUAUGCUGGCACCCAGUCUGCCAGUUUGAAGUACCACCUGGAGCGCCACCACCGUGAGCGUCAAAAUGGCUCCAACACCUCAGGCCCGUCCUCUGGCCACACCACCUCCUCUGACCACAAAGAGGAUCAUGGGAAGACAGCAGGUGGUGGCAUCUUUGCCCGACCAGAUGUCCUCCGCAGUGUUUUCAAGGGAAUGCCUCCCAACCUCGAUUUCAGGGCAGGUCCCUUGCUGCCACAUCAGUGGGCGUCGGCUGGCAUGAUGUCUCCGCAUGACCGAGAUCGUGAGCGUGGAGACCGCCGCUUUGACUCCGCCCCCUCAGCUGAGAACAUGAAGCCUGCUGAUGCCCCACCCGCCCUUGUGGCAACAACGAAAGAUAGUCCUGCCAGUUUCUCUGACUUAAGCAGGGCUUACCAAAGCAUGAUGGGAAACGGAGUCCACUUUCAAGGUUCUCUGCAGGCCUUCAUGGACAGCUUUGUCCUAGGCUCCAUGAAGAAGGACAUGAAGGACAACCAGAGUCCAGUCCAGCUCCAGGCCCAGCUCUACCAUGAUAAUGGUGAGCCCAAAGCUAAGCGAGCCCUCUCGGCUGAGCAGGACAGGGAGGAUAAGGUGGAAACCAAGCAGAACUCACAGCCUGGCAAACCUGGGUCCCAGUAUGAACCGCUUGAUCUGUCUGUGUCAGUCCGGCCUGAGUCGGCUUCCGGAUCUCUUCCAGGCUCCUCAGUCACUAUCCACGAUAAUGUGGCAUGGCAUGGCUGCCUCUUCUGCUCUUUCUCCACCUCCUCAGUGGAGAUCAUGGCUCUACACCUCCAAGCCACCCACCUGGGUAAGGCCCAACUGCAGCGGUCUGAUACAGGCAAGGAGCUUCAUGGCGAAACUUCUCCAACCACCUCCAGCAUUCACUCCUCCAGCACCAAGACCUCUGGUGUCGGCCUUGAGAAAGAUGGAGACAGAGAUGGAGAGAAAAUCCAGGGAGGCUGGCAUAACCACAUGGACCAGCCCUACAACCCUUUCCAGAGUGACUUCUACAGACGGUUUGGUGGCUUGUAUGAUGGAUCACCAGGUGCCAACCAGGCCCUUCAAGGGUAUAUAGCCACAGCAGAGCAAGGUCUUGACAUGCCAAGCCAGGUUUUUGGAAGAGCCUCUUUAGCUGGGGAUCAUCAGAUUGGUGAAAGGGGCUCCCGUGGAGAUGCUGAAGAGGACCAUGUAGGAUCAGACGACGAGGUUGUAAAGGCUGGGGUGCACAGCACCAGUGACACCCCCUCAACCACCCCCAAGAGACAGCAGCAACAGAAUCAGUCUGAUGAAGAGGAAGAUGAGGGGGGAGUGGCUGAAGAGUUUGAGGAAAGAGAGGAGGAUUUUCAAAUGGACAUGGAGAGAGACGAAGUCGGAAGUCCUGCUUCAAACCAUCUCCAGAACCACCCCAAACAUCUCCAAGAUGACUCCUCUUUGCCUCCAAGGAGCGGAGCUGGGUUGGUUGCAUCUUCCUCAACCAUGACGCCACUUUCUCUGGUUCCCCAAACCCAGAACCAAGCUUUGCCACUGGAGAAGCAGUGGCAGCAGGGCCUGGGCCUCCUGUCUCCCGGGGGUCCUCAUGGACUGUUGAAGGCUGAGCAGCAGAGCCACCUAGAGCAGCAGAUGAACAUGCUGUCUGUCCUCAGAGCCUACAGCAAUGACAACAUCCCAGCGUUCAACGGCCUUGGUGGUGGAGCAGGAGGAGCAUCCACAGGGGGCAUGAAGAGGCCAGAUGCACCUGUGCAUCUGUGGGUGGGAGAGGAGGACCAGCCCAUGACCCAUGACCCCGCGCUGACCCACGACCCCAACCACCUUAACAGCGACCUUAACCACCCUAACAACCAUAACCUAGGCGACCCCGAGGGGCUGGAAGCCCACGCUGUAAACAAAGACUAAUGGCCCAGACCGGAGCAAGGCAGGACGAUGAGGCUGAUGGCGAUGAUGAUGAUGAUGAUGAUGAUGAUGGCGAUGAUGAUGAGGAGGAGGAGGAGGAGGAGGAGGAUGAAGGAUAAAUGAAGGAUUACACUAUAACAAAAGACUUUAUUUAAGAUGAAAAAAAAACACAUACUACCGUCAGAAGUCAGAAGAAGGUGAGAACUAUAUGAAGGACAGUUUUGGGGCUGGAUGUACGUGAUGGACCUAACGGCUUUCGCAAGCGUUUUUUUCUUGAACACUAAACAAAGUGACGACAAUGUUCCUGUUUUGUCUCCUGUGGUCUGAAUGCCCCUUGUCUUUGUUGUCUUAUCUCUUCUACUAUGUUUAUUUUUUGUUGUUGUUUUUCAUUUGAUGAAACUACCUGUCUGAUUAGCAACUCCUGUAACUGGCACCCCACGAUUUCUGAUACAUUCCUUGAGCUAGAAAGGUAUGUCUCUCUUUUUCUUUUCUUUUUUUUCUUUUUUUUUAGUUAGGACUGAAGUGUUGUGCUUAAUCAAAUAGGCUUUCAAAGACAUUUCUCUCCUGUUAAAUGAAGUUGACCAUUAUUUCACAAGUCCACGGACCGCCGUUAUAUUGUACUGGAAUGUAUUCUACUGUAGAAUAGAAACUCGACGUUACUGGACUGUUGACAGAGACCAAGCACAUUUCCUGUCAGAGCAGCCACGUUCGGCUCCUAUCAGCUGUCAUCGAGUCAUGUCUUUAUGUCCCACGGCCAUGCAUCACUCUGAUUGUGGUAAUCAACGGACAGGGGGCACCAUGUGACAAUCUGCAAGUUUGUUUCCAGAGAUAAUAUGGUAUUGCUGGUAGAAAAAAAAGAAAAUACACAUAUAGGUGACUUUUGAUGAUGGUGGUGCUAAUGAUAAUUGUGAAGAGGACUGAAUAUUCAGACUCCCCUAAAUGUACUUAACAAUAUUAAAUCCCCUCUCCAUAACCAGGCCAGUACAGGCCUCCACCCUGCCACGUGGCUUCCUUUGUCUAUUUUUCUUGUUCUGUAUCAUUCAUCACAGCAGCCAUAGAUGCUUAAUGUACAUAGAGAGAUAUACAGUAGUUUAAAAAAAAAAAAAGAAGUGAAAACUAAAAGUUUUAAAAGAGUUUUGACAAGGACGAGCGAACGAGUGACAGAAGUUUGCACAGCCACGUCCUCAAAAGGUCGGCAUCCUGCUAGAGUUUGACAGAGAAGAAUUAAAAAGGAAAAGAAAAAAAGAUCCGGAAAAACAAACGGGGGGGAAAAAAAAGGUGGAGGAAUUGUUUCUUUCUUUAUCACCCUCCAACCCGUUCGCUUCAUCUCUCAUGUCAACCUCGAGAACUCUAGUGUUGCAGAUGUUUGUAAGAUACUGCCACCGAUCAUUGUUGCACAGUGUUAAUGACUACUGAAAAUGGUUUGAUGUAUUUACUUUAAAAUGAGAACAAAAAAAAAAAAACGAACAAAAAACUGGGGAAAAAAGACAUAUUGUGUAUAGCCUUAGAUACAAGUCAUCUGUUAUUGCUUCUACAAAGCUAUGUAGCUGUGCUAGACUGUAGGAUGUAGGGUUGAUUUUAUUUUUAAUUUGAUAUGUACUGUACAUUAUGCCUUCUCCAUUUACUGAUCAAAAAAAAGAAAAAAGAAAAAGAAGAAAAAAGAUGACAAUCGUCUCCUGUGCUGCAAACAUAUUUGCUCCCAUAUAUACAGGAUUCCAUUAUGAAUAGAGGGACUUUAUCCUUUCUUCUUUCUUUCAUUUGUUUUUGGUUCUCAGAAGUAUUUGGCACUGUGAUAGUAUUAUAAAUCCAACCUAUACAGUAUAAAACUAGAUAACUAACUAAACUGAAGGUGUGUGUUUGUGUGUCCCUUGGCUUUGUGAAAUGUUUCUACGUCAUUUUUUGUGAACCCAGAGAAAAAUUCUAAGUCGGUAUAUACAGUCCAAAUAUAAUACUUCCUCUUUUUUUUUUUUUUUUAAGUUUGACCAACCUCUAUACUGUAUGUGGCUUUGACAAAUUGUUACCCCACCUUUCUUUUGUAUGUAAAUCCCCCUUUGACCUGCAGCAUCGGCCCAUUACUGCUUCAAGCAGCAGCAUGAUUCACUGCUCCAACUCCAUCUCGAAGAGAUUCCGCUGCAGUACAGCCCGUCUUUGUUUCCCUUUUUUUUUUUCUUUUCUUUCAUUUGAUUUUCAUGUAGAUUACAAUUAACCAUUAUUUCAUUUUCAAUCUACCAGGAAAAGAGGGGAUUCAAAACUAAAAUAAUAACAGUGAGACCUAUGAAACGUGAGCGGUUGUAGGGAAGUGUAACAGGGUGUUUGAAGGGAGGAAUUCUGGAAAUGGGGUCCGAGUGAACCAAUCGGACUCGUCCCGCUGGAGGCACUGACCAAUGGCUUUGACCUCUGACCCCAUCUCUGGUUUUUCCAGGGGUGUAAAGAUGAGCGAUGAAGGGCGAGAGUCCUGCGCGGACUCUCUCCUCCUCUGAACCAGCUAUAAUAAUGAGCAUUCCACUCCACAUAUUAUGUACAAAAACCUGUCUUGUGAGCUGAACACUCUUUAUGUUUUGCUGUAUCCUCAUGGCAGAUGCUUCGUUUUGUAACUACUGAACUGUACUUAUAAUAAAAAUAAAAUGUAUUCAAACAAAAACAAAAAAAAAAA